AAAUUCAAAAGAAAAGUGACAAAACCUCACUUUUUUUUGAGGUUAUAGCUGAAGUUUGUUAUUAGAAAUCAGGAAAUUCUUGAAUUGUUUUCUUUUCUAGAGAAUUUGCGGAGAUUUCAAGGAGUCAUGGAGUCUGACUCUAUCGAUGAUAUGAUUGUCUACGACGAAGAUAGUAUAGGCGAAACUGUGGCACCUCCGGAUGUUCCUGAGCGUCCAGAUGGGGAGAAAACCAAUGAAAAGUGCAUUGUGGCCAACAUGGUAUCCAUGUACCAGUGUCAGGAAUGCAAUGCUGUUGUCUCCACAGCUGAAGAAUUUCUCUCACAUCAUCAAAUUAUGCAUUCCGGAAGCCGCGAAGUGAUGGUGGAGUUCAUGAAGGAUGGUGUUCAGGCAGAGCCAGACAGCGAUGUGGACGUUAAGUACGUGUGUAGCCUGUGCUAUGGAGUCUUUGAAUCUGUGCAACACACACGGGAUCACAUGAUUGUUGACCAUCGACUCAAAGAGGUUGGAGCAAAGGAAGAUCCCGGAAGUAGUGCCCCAUCUAAUCCAUCAUCGGAUUCCAAUGAGGAAAAGACUGAAGACAAUGCAGGGAAGGAGCAGUGGAAGCCAAUCUCCCUGAAGCAACUCAAGACGAAGCUAACGCGGAAUUUAACUCACAAAUGUACGGUCAAGGGGUGCCUCUAUAAGUUCGAGAGUACCGAAAAGAGGGAUAUUCAUCUCAAAUGCCACUGCUCCGUGGAAAAUAUUCGCAAUUUCAAGUGCCCGGAAUGCGGAGAGGGGCACAAAAGUUGGCGAACUUGUGGGCUGCACAUGUGGAAGGAACAUAAAAUUGACGUCGAUAUGCUAAAGUGUCCCCUUUGUAACUACAAAGUCCUCACAACGGUGCAAAUCUUCCGGCAUUUGCAAAGUCAUGGCCCCACGAGGGGAUUUGCAUGUACAAUGUGCCCCAAAACCUUCUCACAAUACUCAAAAUUGCGCUACCACUCAAUCAAUCAUCUGGACAAGAAGGCAGCUGCUGCCAAUCGGUGGUACUCCAAGAAAACCUGCGACAUUUGCCUCAAUGUCUUUGCCAACUCCAAGACACUCUCUAAGCACGUGAGUGGAUGCCACAAUCAGAUCAUGUCGUACCGAUGCAAUAUUUGUGGCAAACAAUCCACCCGGAAGGCAACGUGGCUCAUCCACCUGCGACAGCACACCGGCGAAAAGCCUUUUCACUGCGAAUUCCCAAAUUGCCAAUUCAUGGCGCGCGAUCCGAGUGUUCUGCGGAAGCAUCGACGGAGGCAUUCGCAGACAAAGCCCUACAAGUGCAAGCACUGCAGCUACAGCGCCAUCCAGACUGAACCCCUCAAGACACAUAUUCGCACAAAGCAUCCCGAGGAGUACAUGAAGAUGAAGUGUGAUCAGUGCUCCUUCAUCUCCAUCAACAAUGAACUACUGCAGCGUCACAUGAAGGAUCACAAGGCGGGAUUGGUGAAGAAUGAGGAGCACAAAGAUGUUGAUAUGACAAAGAGCAAGAUCCACAAAAGCAUCCCAGAGACUUCUUCUGAUUGCUUCCUCCCCCUUGAGAGUACAGACUCCAUGCAAUCUUCUCUCGAUACGGGUGGUGUGACGAUUCCUGCUCACUCAGAGGACACGCAAUUUCCUCUCUUCAACGAAUAAAUAAAAUUUUAAGAGUUAAA